CACGUUCGUUUGUCUCACGCCAUCAAGCGGGUCACGUAGUGCUGGGUAACUGCUUUGUUUUUGUGCUUUGUGCUUCCCUGCUUUCAUUACGCCCCACUGAAGGGUUCCCACGCAUACAGAAGGGUCCCGUGAAGACAUCUGACCCACGUGGACAUUGUGAGCUGCCUUCAAGUGUUCCAAGUAGGGAGGCGAGACGCGGCUCAGGUGGACGCCCCGGGCAGAAAGCCGACAUUUUUUGUCUGCGAAUUACCGCUGUGAUGAAACCUGGAAUAAACGCCUGGAGAAUCCCCUGGUCAGCAGUAUAAAUUUGGGAGACUUCUAUUAUGACCUAAAUCAGAAAUACAGACAUGAGGGAAAAGUUAGUGCUAUUGAUGUAGACCUGUUUAUGAACCGGAUAGAUGACCCCAAUGCAGAAGGUGUGGCAGAGGAGGUGGAGGAACUGGUGCGUCAUCUUCGCCGCUCCCCAGAGACUGCCAACACCCUGGAGUCUACUCAUUAUGCAGUAGUGCGUGCAUUGCUUGAUGGAGGCCACACUUCAGUCCUCAUGCAGCUGCUGACCCAACCCAUGAUGUAUGGCCUCUUUCCAGACCAUCUCACCUGCAACCUCCUUAUGCAUACUUUUCUGCAGCGCAAAGAGUAUACAGCUGCAGCAAGAGUGGCAUCAUACCUUAUGCUACAGGAGGACUUUGGGCCACAUUUGACCCAAGCCCUUGCGUUGGCCUCCUGUUACUACUACAUAACCUCAGAGGACAACCAGCCCUGGGAGGACUACACCCCCAAGGUGGAAGAGCCAAAGGAGGAGGUCAAGAUUAGGGUUAAGUUCCUACGCAACCCAUACUAUGAUGACCACUUUGACCUCAAAGAACCAGACCACCUUGUAGGCAAGACCCUGGCCUGGGCAUCUCCCCUGGUGGGAGGAUUGGUGGGGAGGAGCUGUGAGGUGCUGGGCUGGGCACUCUAUGGUAAAUGGGAUGAAUUAGAGGCUGCAUUGGAUCGACUGAGAACUGGGAAGGAACAUAUUGCUGCUUCUGUGGUGAGUCACGUGAAAAGUCUUAUAGAGGGUGUGGAGGAUGGGCAGGUAUGUGAGCAGCUUAUCUCAGCUUUGGCACGCCUGGAGGCAGCAGAGUCAGGGGUCGUGGAGCAGGACCUUUCAUCAGCCAUCACUCAGCUGGUGCAAGAAGCUGCUAAGGAGGCUGAGCCAUUAGACAUCAAAAUUCAGAAAGAAAAUUACCACCGGUGGGAGAAGCAGCGGGAGGAAGAGUAUCAGAAACAAAUAGAGGAGUACAGAAAGAAACAGCUUAUGGCCAAGAUAGAGCACAAGAAACAAGACCUUGCUGCAAGAGAGGAAGUGAUAUUCUUCUUUGACAACAAGAAUAAGUUGAGUCUGUUGCUGUCAGAUGCAAAAAAGAAGUAUUAUCACAAGAAAUCUCCUGCUUAUCCCAAGAAAAAGAAGCCAAGAGUCAUUGAUGAGGCAUAUAUACCACCAGAAGUCUGAAGAGGGUUCCAUAUCCACAGGAUGGGGGUAGGUUGCGGCUGCUCUGAAGGAAGACAAGAACACUAAGGCUUUCUUGAAAGGUUUGCAUGUUCAGUUAAAAAGUUGUACUUAGUCUUGGACUGUAGAAGCAGUAUGCUUUGUAGCAUACUGAUCUGUAAAUUCUGUAGGAUUAACUGUCACAUGCAUGGAUGGAAGUCACUUAUGAAAGUUUUUAGGUCUUGGAAAUUUGCAAUGAGAAAUUUAAAAGAAAAGUAAAAGUGUGUGUGUGUGUGUGUGUGUGUGUGUGUGUGUGUGUGUGUGUGUGUGUGUGUGUGUGUGUGUGUGUGUGUGUGCCCACACGUGUAGAAAUUAAAUCAUCUGUUGUUUGGUAUGAUGACUAAGCAGUAGCCUUACUGGGGAUAAGAGGCUUUCUCAUUUGGUAAAGGAAUGGAAUUUUUAGAGGUGAACUGGUCUGAUAGGAACUUCAUGAGGCAUAAAUAAGUAAGUAAAUAAAUAGAUAAAAUAAAUAAGAUAAAUAAAUAAAUAAGUAAAUAAUUUAUAUAAAUAAUUAGAUAGGUAAAUUAUUGUUGCCAUUUAUAUGACUUCAUAUUAUAGUGGUUCAUGUGAGACUUUACAACAAAAAAUAUGUACCUCAUAAUUUAUGGGUAACUACUGUCAUGAGUUUUAAGGGCAGACUGUUGUAGACCAUAUCAGUCAUUCCUCCUCCUUCAAGACAAGAUGCCCAACUGGGCAUAUUUUACUGGAUAAACUUGAAACAGAUCACAAAUUGAGAGUAAGCAGCCUUUCCUUAUUGCAGGGAUAAUCUUAUAGGAUGUACAGUUAUGGAAAGGAAUGGAAAGAUUCAUCACAAACACUACUCUUGACCCUUAUUUUAACAGAUACUAGUGCAAAAAUUCUCAUCUAAAGUUCUUUUAGAAUUCUUUAUCCUCAGGAGUUCCAAAAUUAUGGCAUAAUGUAUUGCCAUUCCUUUCUGUGGUUCCUGUUCAAUUUCUACCUUAAAAUAUAAAAAACUAAAUUAUGCAAUUUAGUUUUGCUGCCAUGAAAAAAUGUGUAAAAUAUAGUAAAUGUGUAAAUAUAGUAAAGAUUACAUGCCAAAUAAAGCAGUAAAUUUUC